AUUGCUCUGUCAAGAUCACCAUAGCGAGGAAUGGCUCGUUAAAAUUGAAUGCGUAGUGCUCAACAAGAAAAAAGCAGGUAUGGAUCAAGAGGGCAGUAAGGUAGCGGGAUCUCUUCCAGAAAUAUCUUGUGACCCACUGAUCCCAGUCCUGCGCAUCAGCCAGCUGGAUGCUCUUGAGCUUGACUCGGCCCUGGAGCAACUCCUAUGGACCCAGUUUUCCCAGUGCUUCCAGAACUUCCGCCCGGGCCUUCUGACACCUCUGGAGCCCGAACUGAAGGCUUUGCUGCAGCUGCUUCUGUGGAGGUUCACUUUGUAUCCUAACAGCACCACUGUGGGCCAGUCUAUACUGAGCCUACACUACCACAACACCUUGUCCACAUCUGCCCGCUACAAGCCUCUCACCCAGAGGCAGAAAUUGGCUCUGGUUUUGCUAACAGCGGGUCCCCGCUGGCUUCAAGAGCGCGCCCACAGCCUUCGACUGUGUCUUGGUUUGACUUCAGGAGUGUCUGAAGGUGAUGGCACAUUUUCCCAAAAGGCCCUCAGCAUUUCUCUGACUCUAAUGUCAGGCAUAGCCCGUCUUGCAAGUCUUGUCAACUUCCUUGUGUUCCUCAGCAAAGGUCAACACCCAGUCUUGGCUGAAAGGAUCAUUGGAGCUCAGGCCGUUUUUAGCAAGCCCAACGUGACGCGGGACAUUACAUACCAAUAUAUGAAUCGCGAGCUGCUGUGGCACGGCUUUGCAGAGUUCCUCAUUUUCCUACUACCGCUCAUCAACGUAAGAAAACUCAAAUCAAACAUUUAUUCCUUUCUACUCGGGGCAGACGGAAGUGACAUAGAGAGUGCACGGGGUAAGGAUGAGGUGUGGAAAGAAUGUGCGCUGUGUGGAGAGUGGCCGACCUUGCCUCACCGGGGAGGCUGUCAACAUGUUUUCUGCUACUACUGUAUCAAAAGUCAUAUUAUUACAAACAGUUGCACCAUUUGUCCUAAAUGUGGUGCAGAGGCAAGGCAGAUAGAGCCAGUUAAGAUGGAGGUAGAGAUGUUUGUCAGGCAGUAAAUUUAAAGAAAAUUACUUUGAGUCAUAUGUUCAUACUCGUACAAAUUAAGGGCGCAACGUUGCGACAGCCUCACAGUUCAGUAGGUUCCCUGGUGUUAGCUCAUGGUUUGAUAUGUACAUUGGUGCAGAAGGGAACAAAAUGGCAUACAAAAAACUGCUUACCUUUUCACAUUUGAUGAUUUUUCAAAUAAGUCAUAAAAAACUACAAACUGUUUACAGUUAACUCUUUAAUAAUUACACUUCUUAAAUAGAAAAUAAGUACCGGUACAGGGAUGUAGCAUUUGGGGUGAGUAUCUUUGGGCACCUCAAGAUUUGAUUACGAUUCAGGAGUAAUAUUAGAUUAGAAAUCGAUUAUUGAUGCAUCUUAAAUGUAUAAAAGGCUCCUUCUUUGGCUUUUGACAUAUGUGGUAAUGUAUUGUGUAAUUUCAGAUUUUGGUUUGCAAUUGUUCACAGCGUGGAUGUAGAAGACUUGAUAUGUGGGAACUGAAGCAGCCUGCUAAGCGAGGUGCCUACACUACAUAGUGAGCAACAAUCCUUUUGUUUUGAUAGUUGUGCCUUUUAAAACCACGGAAUGCCCAGACACUUUGACCCCCGACCCCCAUAAGCACACAGCUCAAAGAUGUGUGAUCUAUUAAUUCAUAUCGAGCUCACAGUAUUGUCGCACAUUGUGAUAUUAUUAUCUCUCCUGAUUUAAUAAUCUACUUGCUAAUUUCCUGAGCUAGUUCCAGUUAGACUUCUGCUGAAGUGUAGGAAUUUAUUUUAUUGUUUUGCUACUUCACAUUCAAGCUAGCUUAGCGGUUAGCAUGGUUUAUCCUGUCCUGUCUUUCUGUCCCUCACUUUAUUGUGUAUGCGCCCGCACAUACACACACAGUGGAAAAUGAACUGCAAAACCUGAAAACCGCGGUUGAUAAGGGUAAAUUGUCCAGUAUUGUUGCACCCCUAGUACGAAUGCACUACACAGUUCAAAAAUAAUCUUUGAUUAACAACUAUGGUUAAUGAUGAUGUCCUUUCUGAACACACAACGACCGGCUAUGUUUAAUGUAUGUGCACAUAUAUUGACAGUCUUCUGCCCCUUCUGUAUCACUGGCUGGACUUCGCACAGAACUAUUUGUCUUUGGCGCAAUGGACAGACUACCGAGAACCCCACAGAGCAUAUAUUUGAUGAAAGAAUGUGUUGAUUUAUGCUGCCAAAUUCUCUCGCAGUGCGUGUUUGUUGAAAUGGGAAUAUUUGUUCUGAUGAAAAAUGCAGAAAGUCGGCUGAAUAAAUAAUGGGAGGAAUUUCUGAUGCCUCUCAUCACGACCAAAUUAGCAUUUGUUGUGUAUUUUGUUGCUAAAUUGUAUUUCAACAUCAUUAAAAUUGA